CCACCUCCUCCACCUCUGGUCUGCUGUCAACCAAUACACUUGAUGUCCUGAGAAGCAGAAGACAAGAAAGCGCCAGGAAAGCCGAUCAAAACAAAGCAGAACCUUUGGACAUGAAGACGAGAGCGGUGGAUGAAAUGAUGGCGAGAAUAAAAAGAGGAAUCAUCCUGAGGCCCAUCAUGAGAGUACAGGACGAUGACAGUGCGUGGAAGGACCAGAAGAGUGACAACAGAAAGUCAGCUAUCCUGGAGUUAAAAGGAAUGCUGGACAUCAUGAAACAUCAGAAACUCCGCAGAGUGCCAUCCAGACGGGGAAUGGGCCGAAAUGUUGGCGAAGCGGAGCUGCUGCAGGUGCUGCAGAGGAGGAGGAGAGCCAUGGGGGACCAGCAGGACCAAACACAGGAGCCUCAGACCGGUGCUCAGUGUGUCCCAGCAGCAGGAGACUGUCCCUGGGCUGGAGAGAGCAGCCGCGCCCCGGUGCUCCGGAGGCUGAAGCAGAACCGAGAGAAGAGAGACUCCCGCAUCCGAGCAUCAGCACUGAUCCUUGGACAAGAAAACUGAGAGCAGCUUCAGGAAGCCUCAUUGUCAGUGCUGCAGUUAUUGCAGGUCCCGCAAGACAUCUUUUUUUUGUAUUUGUUGGCGAUUUCCUGAAUAUCUCUUGUUUUACUUCAGAGAAACUGAAUGCAUAUUGGCUGAUUUAUUUAAUGAAUACAUCUAUGCACCGUUUGGUUCAUCAGUUACAAUAAAAUGUGGGUUGA